AUGGGCACAAGUAAAGCUAAGGACAUGAUCAGGGGCAAGCGUGUGACUGUCGUUGGCUACAUGAAAUCUGCACUUGAUAUUGCCACUGAAUGUGCCGAAGUAAAUGGCACUGCUCACCCAUGUACAAUGGUGUUCCGGACAAAGCACUGGAUCGUACCGGACUACUCCGUUUGGGGCAUCAAUGGCAAAAACUUCACUCUCAACCGUUUCUCUGAACUCCUCAUCCACAAGCCUGGCGAGGGCCUCCUGUCGAUCUUGGCCACUCUCCUGACUCCCUUGAGGUGGGCGUUCUAUAAGUUGGCCGAGAGCUACUACUCCAUCCCAAUGAAGAAGCACGGCAUGGUGCCUGACCACAGCCUGUUCCAGGCGCUGGCUGCGGCCAUCAUCUGCGUCACGCCCAAGGACCACUACAAGAGGCUGGAAGAAGGCAGCAUCAUGCUCAAGAAGUACAAGACAUUCAGCUUAUGCAAGGAAGGCGUGCUCGUGGACGGCGAGCCGUCGCCGGUCAAGAGCGACGUGGUGAUCUUCGGCACCGGGUUCAAGGGCGACGAGAAGAUCAAGGACAUGUUCACUUCAGAGUACUUCCGCAAUGUCGCGAUUGGGUCAGAAUCCACUACUGUGCCUCUCUACAGAGAGUGCAUAAAUCCUAAGAUACCUCAGCUCGCCGUGAUCGGAUAUUCUGACACCCAUUCGAACAUCUACGCCUCCGACAUUCGCGCCAAGUGGUUGGCACGCUUCUUGGACGGCAGCUUCAGACUACCGAACGUCGCGGCAAUGCAGAAGGAUGUGCUCGAAUGGGAGAAGUACAUGAAGAGAUACUGUGGAAGAUACUUCCGCCGGUCCAGCAUCAUGAUCCUGAACACUUGGUACAACGACCAGCUCUGCCGUGACAUGGGGUGCAAUCCUUGGAGGAAGAAAGGGUUCUUUUCGGAACUGUUUGAGGUCUAUGGCCCUGGUGAUUAUGCUAACCUACUCUCCAACUCCAAGUCCAAGGAACACUAG